GUCAAAAAUUAUUGUUCAAUUAAAAUAUAUAUUCGGUUAUUUAAAAUCCAGUCCUGAAAAAAGCACGUUUGUAAGAUGUGUGGUUUAGCUGAAAUUAAUUAAAAUGUCAAAUGCUCGGUGAAAGUAAUCUGAGCUCGGCAGUUUCCGCUGUUAUCGGCUGCAUGACGAAAAGAAUGUGAACAGAUGCAGAGACAGCUUCAAUGUUGUUACACUACAUGGCAUGUAAAUAAACAUGUCCUGUGAUACUCACAGUGAAACAAAAAGGGGUAGAAGAUGUGUAGCGGGUGGGUGUUCAAGUACACAUUUAGAUGGAGUGUCCCUGCACUAUUUUCCAUUUAAAAAGGAACCACAUCUUGUACCAAAGUGGACUGCCUUUGUUAGACUUAAGAGAAAAUGGCCUGAGGGCCCUACUAAAUAUUCCAGCCUUUGUGAAUUACAUUUCGAUGACUCUUGUUAUCCAUUUGAGUAUCGAUUCAAAAAAUCACAAGGAAUUCCAGUGAAGAACAAAGUUCUAAAUCCUGGGUCAGUACCAACAAAACAUCACCCUAGUGUUUUAGGAAAACGUGAUUUGAGCUCUAUUGAGGAGGGUGAGGAGAAAUCCAAUGAGAGAGAGAAAAAAGAAAGGAAACGGAUAAGAGGGGCAUUUGUAAAACGAGAAAAUUUUAGAAUCAUUACAGAGAAAACAGAAGUUCAGAAUAAAUCUAUGCAAGAAGCUGAAGCUAGAAAAUCAGAAGAAGAUUCAAAUUGCACAAUGACUGACAAUGAAAUCAAUCAUCAUGGAUAUCAAUAUUCACAAACAGAUGAAAUUGAAAAAAAAGAAAAUGACAUUUGGUUUGAUUUGGAUGUUGAGGAGGAAUUAGACAAUAAAGAAGAUCUUAGUGAAGAUUCUUCUGACCAUGAAGAGACAGAUUCUGAUACUAUUGGGACAGAAAAUGCUGGCUUUGGUAUUCUCCCAUACCAAUAUGAGCCUUAUGCAACUUCUGAUGAAGAUGCAUCCGACAAUUCAGAAGCUGAUGAGGAAGACAGAACACAUAACACAGACUGGUGUUCAUGUCAAUGCUGCACAAUCAUGGCAUCAAAUACCGAAAACAGGUGCUGUCAAGAGAUACAACAAGUAAAGGAAGAGAUUUCAAGAACCGACACAUCACUUAAUUGCAUAACACAUCAUCCUGGGUUUAGAACAGUUUGUCUUGAUAUUCAUGUACUGAGAACUGCAUACUAUCAAUAUCGACAACAAUAUGGAGGGAACUUGGAAGAAUCAACAAAACGACAUAGAUACACAGCUUACAGGCAGUUUGUACGUUGGUGUUGGGGCUAUUUAGGCAAGAAGGUCAGAGUAGUCAUACCAUCUUGUGCAGUCUCAAAAAUCAGAGAAACAUUCCCGCUUCAACCUGGAGAAACUCACACAGGGUUUAAUUUUGCUGAUUGAACCUACUAGAUUUUUCCAAUACUGCUGCUUCU